AUGUACGUACACGAUGCUGAAAUGGCCGGCGGCGACAUCUCGGACGAGCUCAUGGCCGAGCUCAUGGCGUGCAUUUCCAACAACAAGAGCUUCAACAACCUCGACGAGCUGCACCACGUCUCGUAUCGGCUCCGAUUGCCCAACGCCACUCGGAAAGAUGUCAUUACGUGCCGCGUCGCCACCGCCCACAACGAAGUCGGCAUGAAGCUCUGGGAAGCGGGCUUUUACCUGGCCGAGUAUGGCCUCGCGCACCCGGUAGCAUUUGCCAACAAGCGUGUGAUUGAGCUCGGCGCCGGCGCCGGCUUUACCGGCCUCGUGCUCGCGGCCAACGCUGCGCAGCCGCCCGCCCAUGUGCUGGUCACCGACUAUGCCCCCGUGGUUCUUCAAAACUUGCGCUACAACGUCGAGCUCAACGCCUUUCGAGGCAUGCUCUCGCGCUGCCUCGUGACGACCGCGGUGCUCGACUGGACCAACUGGAAUUGGGACGACUGCGAGACGUCGUACGAUGUGCUCAUUGCUGGCGACUGCGUCUAUGACGUCCGCACCUUUCCCGAUCUCAUGCGCGUCCUCGCGGCCUUCUUGGCGCGGCCACGCACGACCGCGAUCUUUGCCUCGACGAUCCGCAACGCCUCGACGUUCCAGGCCUUCUUGGACCAGCUCCACGCCCAUGCGAUCGACUAUGUGGAGCUGCCGUGCGACUUUCCGGCCUUGUUUACAUACGCCAACCGCGACUCGAUUCGGCUCACCGAGUUGCGGGCAGCGCCGCGCCACUAA